AUGAUUGGAACAAAAUUAUUCGUUUAUAAUAUCAUUAUUUGGUUAAUAUCGUCGAAAUUGUUAAUUCGAGUCGAAGGAAAACUAAACAACUCGCAAACUGGCUUUAACGAAACCAUAAGUUUAAAAAUCUUGCCGGGUAUCAAGUUUUCGUUAACAGACGGUGAAAUCAUCGCUAAUGUGAGAAUGUUUGACCUACUACAAGAGACAGAAAUAGAGGCUCGCAAAAAUAAAGAGAAGACUUUAUUAUUCUUUUUAGGAGAGAAUCCUUUACAGAGAUUCGGAUUCAUGAUGAUGAUGACACCAUUUGUGAUGCAGAUACUUUCCCUACCAGGCGCCAUAGCGACUAUCAAAAUGUCACUUUUAAGGAGUCUCAUGGUGGCGCAAUUAGCGAUCGCAAUAAUGAUCUACAAUUUUAUUAAAAGCACGCAAACUGAAGAAGUAGUGGUAAUUCGUCAACCACAACAUCAUAUGCAUUAUUAUCAUAAUUACCAUUAUCCUCACGACGACGAAGACGAAUGGUUUGGUAGAUAAAGUGCGCAAACGCUUGCAACGAUAAGAACAAUAUCUUCGUGAUGUACAGCCAUUAUGGCUUUGAUUUUCCAAAGUGACACUCAAAAGUACUAAAGCUUGCAUCUGUGAUAUAGAAACCAUCGUAACGCGAGGCAAAAUUAAAUUAAAUUAUAUUAAAUAUUGUUUACAUAAUUUAUAUGUUAUUUAAAUAUUAUUUAUAGAUAUUGUAUUUAUCGAUAAAUUAUUAUUAAAUUAUCUUUGUAUUAGUUAUUAAUUCUUUAGAUUAAUUCUUUAGAAAGUUGUUAUAUGUACUUAAUUUUAAAUUAAAUAUAUUUAUUUAUUUUUAUGUUACAUGUUAUGUUAUAAUUCUUUGGUAUGAUAGAGAGAAUAUACAUACAUCUCGAUUGCAUGUUCACCUGUCCGCGUUUUACUUCGUAUUAAGCGAAGCGCCGGUACGAUAUCAAGAUGUCGACUGACCUACUUCGGACCUUCACAUAACGGCAGUUUGGUCCAGAUUCCCGCAGAUAUGCAGACGUGUCCAUUCAGGUUGCCCAUUUCUCUCUCAGUAAAUUCGACAUCGAAAUCGAAAUUAGAAUUUCAUUUGAGGCGUUUCUUCGACUGGCAUAUCGCCAACAAAAAACGCGUUGAUAGACACGUAGAAUUUUCAUACACGAAUAAAGAGAAAUACAUGCGUUGAUAUGAGUAAAUUAUAUGCGUUUUAUACAGGUACACUUUUAUUAUGUACAUGCACUCUAAUAUGCGAAUAUCUAAUUAGUAUAUAUAUAUAUAUAUUGAAAAUUUUGUCAACGCCAAAGACCAUGGCUUCGAUAUUCGCGAUGCGUAUACGUACCAGAAACCCACCUUCCGCGAGCGGUGUCGUUAGUAUGCCGCAAAGAUCAUUGUUCCUAAAUUGACAGUUUGCCAUACAAAUCAGAUCGGUAUGCCGUUCCCCAGACUACAAAAUGUGCGGUGCAUACGCGAGACAUAAGGACUAACUGUCCGCAUAUCAUGGAAUGUUUGGAUCAGGUAAAUAGCGUGCUACGUGAAAGAAUUCAGAUUCCUUCAUUGAUUCCCUGUCGAUUGAUGUCCUGUAUUCGACGAUCGAAUUUCUAAUUCCAACUUGUUCCACAUUUCCGUAGAAAAGUCGAGCAAUAGGUGAAUAAAUUAGACUGGAAAUGUACUACUGUUCGACAUAAAGUUUUUGUCACGAAAUUUCCAGUAUUCAUUGAGAUCAUAAAUUUCCAGAUUUUUAGUUAGUAAAAAUUUCUUCUCGCAGCUUCAGGACGAUGCAGCUGCGAUAUUUGACACUAUCUACAUUGCCUAACGUUCUGCCUAACUGUAUAUCAUAGAACUUCAACUGCAUGGCACUUCGACUUCGACAGCAUCGAGAGUUUAUCUAUGACAUUGUAACUCAUUGAGACUCAAAUGGCAUAACGGUACCACUUUCGAUGACCAUACGAUUUCUAAUCUCAGUGUGGCUUCUUCGUUAGCCGUAUGCCUGGAUAAAAUUUUCAAUCAACGCGGCUGCCGUCGUAUAUCAGCUGUGAAUGCCCCCUCUUUUAUCCUCGACCCAUAUUUGAUGAUUCGUUCUAUUUACUUAUAUCUAUUAGAGAAGAUAUAAGAAAAAUUGUCAACAAUAAAAUCUUCAUCAUUUUAUUCAGUUUGUUGGAUUGAAAUAUUUAUCCAUUUAUUUUCAAUCAAGUCAAUAAAUUUUUUUACGAUGAUAUUUGUAAAGAUUUAUUUCAAUCACAAAGUCAACCAUCCGUGACACGAUUUACUAGCAUACGUUGCUUGCUUCACACAAUAGCGUUUAAAAUUAAAAUAGCGUUUAAAUUGCAAGAUUCUGCUGACAUUAUCCAGCAAUGUAUCCGAUUGGUUGACCUAUACGCAUUGAAUGUGCAUUAAUUUAUUAUAAUCGUGCAUCGUCCGCCCAGCACUAUAUAUAUGUAUAUGUAAUAGCGAGAGUGCUUGUCUCUUGACGUAGAAUGGCUAUCGAUCUACGCCAAGUGUGAGAAACUGAAAAUGAAAGGUUACCUAAUAAAUACAAGCUUAUCCUGAUCAA